AUGGAAUUUCUUCAGGGCAGAGCAUUGCUGAAUGCAAUUGGCAAUUUGGAGCUCUCAGGCGCAUAUGCACAGGCUCUAAGAAAGCUUGGGCACAAUCUAGAGGAUGAACCAGAUGCUGCACUUGGGAAUGGGGGGCUAGGGCGGCUUGCCUCCUUCUUUUUGGACUCCUUGGCAACACUGAAUUACCCUGCAUGGGGUUAUGGCCUUCGAUACAAAUAUGGGCUUUUCAAACAGCUUAUCACAAAAGAUGGUCAGGAGGAGGUUGCAGAAAACUGGCUGGAGAUGGGCUACCCCUGGGAAAUUGUUAGAAAUGAUGUCUCCUAUCCUGUGAAAUUCUAUGGUGAAGUCAUUAAAGGGUCAAAUGGAAAGAAAGAAUGGGUUGGAGGAGAAGACAUAAUGGCUGUUGCAUAUGAUGUCCCCAUACCAGGAUAUAAAACUAAAACAACGAUUAACCUACGGCUAUGGUCAACAAAGGUUGCUCCAGAAUUUUUUGAUUUAUGUGCUUUUAACGCUGGGGAGCAUGCCCAAGCAUAUGAGACCCUAAAAAAGGCCGAAAAGAUUUGCUACGUUUUAUACCCUGGGGAUGAAUCAAAUGAGGGGAAGACUCUUCGAUUGAAGCAGCAAUAUACUUUAUGCUCUGCAUCUCUUCAAGAUAUUAUUGCACGAUUUGAGAGGAGAUCAGGGGAGCCGGUCAACUGGAAUGCAUUCCCUGAAAAGGUUGCAGUGUAG